CCCGUUUUUGUUGCCGUCCUGUGGAGCUGCCGGAGGUUUCAUUCUAAGCCGAGAGGGAAGCCCAGCUGUUCCAGAUACCGCACUGCAAAGGAAGGCGGAGAUCGUGUUUACAAGGGGCUCCCUCGUUAAGGAUAUAUGUAUUCACAUUCGUUUUUUUCGUGGGCUGUGGAAUAAACCCGCCUCUUUUCUCCUGAGUAGAAUUAGACACAGGCGAGCAAUGCUUUCACGUGGAUUUUGGAGGAGAAGGCUCUGAGGAAGCACAUCUGUUUUUAUGUGGACUCUUUUAUUCUUGCCUAUAUUGUGCUGUGUGUGUUUUUUUUUCUUCUCAUUGUGAUUAAAUCAGUGCUUUCCACACAUGCAUGUAGGGUGAUCUCUGUCUGGAAGCCAUUUUCACCGGGGUUUAGAACACGCUGAGCUGCAGAAAUACAUAGGCUUUCUUUUUUUUUUUCUUUCUGUGGACUGAAGCACGGUGGGGACAGGAAAGGCUUGGAUGUGUCCAUAAGAUCUGCAACAUGUUGGGGAGAGGAACCGAGAGGCAUUUUAUAUGCAAAGCUGCCUGAUCUCUUCUCCCUUUGCAAUGCCAUAUCCAGCCCUUGCAGGGAUCCAGAGCUCUUGGCAAUAGCAACACACACACAUACACAAAAAAAAAAGUCUUAAAGGCAUUGAAUCCAACACAUCCCAGACUGGAGAGUCUCUACAGAAAUAAUACAUAUCUCAGAAUGAAAUGCUGAUCGGGUCACACGCUGGGAGUUCUUACAUUUGGAUUUUAGCUCAUCCAGAAUUGACACUGUGAUUUCUCAUUGAAAUAGGUUGGAUGAUUCUGAUUAUUAUCAUUAUUGCAGCUCCUCUCUCCUUCAAGAACAUUCUUUCAUGAAGAGAGGCCCCAUUCAGGAGGGAUUGUCAUUUUUCUCCCCGUUUUUUAUGUAUAUAUUGUGGAAUCCUAUCAAGAAACUGCAAGGAACCCAAAAUUUUGGCACACACCCUUCACCGACCUCCAACCUAUAGAUUUCUUUUGCUAAUGGGCUUCACCUGUACCAAAUAUUAAUAUACGUACGCACACAUUCAAGUGAAUAGUGCUUAUCUGGACUGUCCUAUGCUAUAAUAGGAUUUCAGUGCUUUUUUUUUUUUAAUUUGGAAAAUAUUUUAUUUUCGUAUUAAUUUAUUGGCGAAUACUGUAUUUUUUUGUCUAUUUCUUAGCUUGUGCUGCUGCGUGACAGGAGGGGGUAUUUUGGCUGCAUUUUGUCCCCCUUUUCAUUGUAAGGUAUAUUUUUGGCCUGUUUUGGCUUAAGACCUUUUCAAACAUGGCGGACCUCGAAGCGGUGUUGGCCGAUGUCAGCUACCUUAUGGCGAUGGAGAAAAGCAAGUCUACGCCGGCAGCCAGGGCCAGUAAGAAGAUAGUGCUACCUGAGCCUAGCAUUCGAAGCGUGAUGCAGAAAUAUCUGGAGGAGAGAGGUGAACUGACCUUCGACAAGAUAUUCAACCAGAAAAUAGGUUUCUUGCUUUUCAAAGAGUUUUGCACAAGUGAUAUGGAUGAAGGUGUUCCUCAGUUAAAGUUUUAUGAAGAGAUAAAAGAAUACGAGAAGCUAGAUUCUGAGGAAGACAGACUUUGUAGGAGUCGACAGAUUUAUGACACAUAUAUAAUGAAAGAGCUACUAUCUUGUUCUCAUCCGUUUUCCAAGCAAGCUGUAGAUCAUGUACAAGCCCAUCUUGCCAAGAAACAAGUGCCACCUACUCUAUUUCAGCCAUACAUAGAAGAAAUAUGUGACAGUCUCCGGGGCAAGAUAUUUCAGAAGUUUAUAGAAAGUGAUAGGUUUACUAGGUUUUGCCAGUGGAAAAAUGUGGAACUAAAUAUCCAUCUGACCAUGAAUGACUUCAGUGUCCAUCGAAUAAUUGGGCGAGGUGGAUUUGGAGAAGUUUAUGGCUGCCGCAAAGCAGACACUGGUAAAAUGUAUGCAAUGAAGUGUUUAGAUAAGAAGAGGAUCAAGAUGAAGCAAGGAGAGACGCUAGCCUUAAAUGAAAGAAUAAUGUUAUCCCUGGUCAGCACAGGAGACUGUCCAUUUAUUGUGUGUAUGACAUACGCUUUCCACACACCAGACAAACUCUGCUUCAUCCUGGACCUGAUGAAUGGUGGAGAUUUGCACUACCACCUUUCACAACAUGGAGUGUUCUCCGAGAAGGAGAUGAGGUUUUAUGCUGCUGAAAUUAUCCUCGGUUUGGAGCAUAUGCAUAACCGCUUUGUGGUAUACAGAGACUUGAAGCCAGCAAAUAUUCUGUUAGAUGAGCAUGGACAUGUUAGGAUAUCGGACUUGGGCCUCGCUUGUGAUUUCUCUAAAAAGAAGCCCCAUGCUAGCGUAGGAACACAUGGAUACAUGGCUCCGGAGGUGUUACAAAAAGGAACCGCAUACGACAGCAGUGCAGACUGGUUCUCCCUAGGAUGCAUGCUUUUCAAACUUCUGAGAGGUCACAGCCCAUUCAGGCAGCACAAAACCAAAGACAAACAUGAAAUCGACCGGAUGACGCUCACUAUGAAUGUCGAGCUGCCAGAUUCAUUCACCCCAGAGCUUAAGUCCCUGUUGGAAGGCCUUCUCCAGAGAGAUGUAAGCAAGAGGCUUGGCUGCCAGGGAUCUAGUGCUCUUGAGGUUAAACAGCAUCCUUUCUUCAAAGGCAUUGACUGGCAACAGGUGUACUUGCAAAAGUAUCCCCCGCCAUUGAUUCCUCCGCGCGGUGAAGUUAAUGCAGCUGAUGCCUUUGAUAUUGGGUCAUUUGAUGAAGAAGACACGAAAGGCAUUAAGCUCCUAGAUAGUGAUCAAGAAUUAUACAAGAACUUCCCUUUGGUUAUAUCAGAACGUUGGCAACAAGAAGUAGCAGAAACAGUUUAUGAAGCUGUCAAUGCCGACACAGAUAAGAUCGAAGCCAGGAAGAGAGCCAAAAACAAGCAGCUGGGUCAUGAAGAAGAUUAUGCACUAGGAAAAGACUGCAUUAUGCAUGGCUACAUGCUAAAACUGGGAAACCCGUUCCUGACUCAGUGGCAGCGACGCUACUUUUACCUCUUUCCAAACAGACUUGAAUGGAGGGGAGAGGGAGAAUCACGGCAAAGUUUAUUGACCAUGGAGCAGAUUGUAUCGGUGGAAGACACACAGAUUAAAGACAAGAAAUGCAUCUUGUUGAAGAUCAAAGGAGCCAAACAGUUUGUCUUGCAGUGUGAGAGUGAUCCGGAAUUUGUACAGUGGAAGAAGGAGCUGACCGAGGCAUUCACUGAGGCACAAAGGCUGUUACGUCGGGCUCCAAAGUUUCUGAACAAGUCCCGAUCCGCAGUUGUAGAAAUCUCUAAACCACCACUUAGUCACAGAAAUAGUAAUGGCCUUUAGGUGGCAACACAGGACCAAGAGAUUUUAGGGAGAUGACUACUUACACCGCCUUGCCCAAGGAUGAGAGCAUCAUCAUUAGUUACUCGUAUGGCCCUUAACAGCAAGGUGUACAUAGAAGCGGCUUUGGAAGCCUGCGUCACAUAUUGUCUGCUGAAGAAGAGAAGUUGCCACAGUCUGAGGCGAUGAAGAGAUGAAUUUUCACUAACCGGAGUGUGGAAAGUCUAAAUUAGUGAUUGCUCAUCAAUUUCAUGUAUCAGAUUACCCUGUAGAUGUCCUAAAAUGGCCUGCCUCUUAGUGAUAAGCAAGAAAAAAAAAACAUCCCUUGCUUUUUCCUCUUGGCAUAUGCAUGCUUUGGUGUAUGCCAACCAAGCGUAUGAAAUGGUUUUUGCAGUAGUUGCUAUUACGUUGUUUUUAAAGUCUGAAACUCAACAUAUCCCUGGAUGUUUUCUGAAGGCACUGCGGCGUUGUAAGAAUGUUCUCAAGAUGAUAGCUUUUAUGAGUGUUGCCAUGUGUUCCCAGACCUCCUUUCUCCUCCCAACUUGCACUGUUGACUUUGUUUUAACUGGCAGUGUGAUGAAUCUUUUAUGCACUUCAAAUUACUGACUUUUAUCUGUCCUGUGGUUACAACAUGUAGAUACUUCAUGGGAACUGCGACUCAAGAAUAUUCACCCUAGUUCUGUGUCACCAAAUAUAGUGGCUACCACUGUCUUGCUUUGUAUGGAGAUAGAAAUAUUCUAGUGGAGUAAUUAUCGGUGAACUGGAGUGCAUGGUAGCUUUGUCUAGUGGUCUAUUAGCCAGUCAGCAAGUUUAGCACAGUUAUUAAACAGGCUCAUUCUUCGGAUACGUUUACAGUAAAUUAUACAUAGACAUUUUUAUCUUUUUUUUAAGUUUUGUUUUCAUCUUUUUUUUUUCUUUGCUUUCUCCAUUUCAGGUCAAUUGCACUUUUUACUUGUUUUUUUAAAAUCAAAUUUGCAAAAAUGAAGAAUUAGAAUAUUGGAUAACACCGGUACGCAACAUACUAAAGCCCUGUACCAGUCUAUUAGCUGUAUAGAAUAUUUAAAAAAAUUGUUUUUCCGCUUUUGCACGUUCCAUUUGCUCUCCAUGCGUUUCAUGUAGGGGAUGCUGACUCUGUCCUUGUUUCAUAGGAGGCAACAUGUUCAGAAUUCUACAGACGUUUAUAAGACUGUGAAUCCUGAUUAAUCACGGCAGACUAAUAUGGUUGGUCUGCCUUACGUUCCUUUCUAUUACAUGCUCAUGUGUUGGGUUGGAACGUCUACCCACUGGAAAUGGUGCCUCUUGGUGAUGGUGAUUCUGCGACUCAAGAAGUUUGCUUUUGGCCACUCUUCGGUUUCAUUGUCCAAGUCUUGUUUUUAUUUUAUUUUAAAAUGAAGUGCAAAGUGCCAAUGGACUCAAGAACUUCAUAGAAACGUAUUCCUUAUAUUUAUCCUGAAAAUGUGUACCUGUAAAUAUUAUUUAAGGAAUAGCUACACACAAGAAAGUGGAAAUAACAAACAAAAAAAAAAAAAAACUGGUGUGCAUAGCAUGAGUUUUGUCAAUUCUGGUAUUCUGGUUAACAUUGAUAUUGAUUUGACCGCCACCAUGUUUUUCAUCCUUCUACCUUCACAUUGCACCAAUCUGGCAAGGAUAUGUUUUGUUAUAAAAUAAAUGGUUAAUUGAUUAUAUACAAUGUGCGGUGGAUUGAGAAAGUAGUUUAUAACACCCAUUGUAUUGGUUAGGGUAAAUAAACUGGUGUGAAGUUGGGGAUCCAUGUUCAUUAGCCACAGGCAUUCAUACAUGUAGGUUUUUGUUAUUACGGCUUCUUAAAGGGAAGAAUGAAGGGCAUGUGUUUCUUGCCCCCAUUUUUGAUUAAUUUAAAACUUGAGUGCAAAAACAAA